UAAAGUUUUACUAUAUUUCCUUACUAUUUAUCAAAACGUAAUUAAAUAAAAUGUCGAAAUCUGCUCACAUAGUCGACGGCGAAGCUUCAGAGUCCUCUGAUUCUGAAAUUGAAAUCGAAAUUGGUAAACCUCGGGCUAUGCCUUCACAAAAUGUGGAUAAUUUUGUCAUAACUGGAGAAGCGCCGGAGUCUGAUGAUGAUUCCAAAAUGUCCCCAAGAGAUCCAAUUGAGCUGGAUCUCCCAUUAAACAUGGUGGCAUCUCCACCAACCAGCCCCAACAAGCUAGUGUACACUUCAUUGCUGCAUCAGAAAUUAUGGGAAUGUAACGUGUCCCUGCGAGCGAACAUUGAAGGUCUUGUAAGGCAUACUACAGAUAUUUCCGUUGAGAAAUUAACCAGUGUUGAUAAAACUUUGCUAAAUGUACAGGAGAGUAUGCGAGCAACUAAUGCCAAUUUAGCGCUGGCUAAAGCAAGACUCAAGCAGAUAACAGAAGCAUUAGAUAAAGCGAACUGUUCCUCAGCUUUACCGACUGUGAAAGUGAAAUAGUGAUUUUUAUUUUUAAACUUUCGCGUUU